CUCUCGGCCAACAAUGAACAGACUAUCUAUCCUAUCAGUCCUAACGUUUAUUUCUUUAUCUACGACUUACGUGGACGGCAGCUACAGCUCUUUAAACUUCCUGAAAAGGUUAUAUGUAGCCAUUUUCACAGUCUUCCUUGGCUGCAUGGAAGAUGUCAUUAUUAACGGCGAAUGGAUCGUAUAUAUGGAGGAUGUAGAAUCAGGCUGUCUCCGCGAAGCUCAAUGCUCACCAAAUCCCUGCGAGAAUGGCUGUUACUGCACCAACAAUUAGCGCGAAUUCAAAUGCAAGUGCGAGCGUCCUUAUCUCGGUCGCACCUGUCAGUACAACAUGACCUUAGCCACCUUCGGCUACGAGAACAUUACGAACGGCUAUGUGACUGUGAAGGUUAGCGACACGGCUAAACGGACUGUCAGUUCAGUCGUUGACAUCUGCAUGUUCAUCCGCACGCGGGAGGGCCACGGUGAUAUAUUUUACCUGGGCACGGAUCCGCAGGACGAUCUAAAGCUUGAGGACAGGACUUGCAUAAGAGCGCAACUGAAGGACGGAAACUUGCGCGUGAGUUUCCAGUUUUUGACAACAUCACUGACGGUUACACGAUCGACGGCGCGAGGCUCAACGACGAAAACAAACACCUCUUUCAAGUGACAAGAAACGUUACUCUCCUAGAAGUGAAGAUCAACGGCACCGAGCACUUCCGCAAGACGAUCAGCGCCACAGGAGACUUGAACGUAACCUCUACCUGGGCGGACUACCGCAAGUGUCUAGAUACAUUCGCCAGGCCGUCGAUAGCAGGCAAUUGGAGAAGGAACAGGCACCGCAAAUUAACUUCAAGGGCAUCAUCCAGGAUGUAAAGAUAUCGAACGGCACGACAAUAAUCGUCUUUGAGUUUUUUCCGCCGAAGACGUCGGACAUUCCCAUGCUCAUUCAGUUCGGCAACGUUUCCUUUGACCACGAGAAAAUUCUUGAGGGCGUCGUGUAGGAUGACGUGUGCGUAAGUAGUUCGUGCAACGGCACGUGUCACUUAUCGUCGAACGACUUCUGAUGUCAAUGUCCGCGUGGCUACAGCGGCAAGACUUGUCAGAAAAUGGAGUUCUGCCAGCUACAGGGCUGCCCGGCAGGCUCGUGCUGCCAGAACCUCGACGACGGUUACGAGUGUAUCGCCAACUCGAUCUUCGGCGUCAUCAGAUCACGUACAGAUUCAACACCGGCGGUACGCUGCUUCACGUGGCAUCGCACGUAGGCGAUCAACAUUUCACCGUGUCCGUCUUGAAAGACAAUGUCACCGUGUCUUGGCAGCUCGAUUUGGAAAACCAGGGCACUGUAUCCUUCGACAAAGCUCAGCCCGACGGCAUUUGGACUUUGCUGCUCAUCAAGCUGAACAACUCUCUGGAGUGCGGCUACGUGAAUCCGGUCGAAGAGCAGCCUCGCUCGAGCGCCAACUUCAACUACCGGCUGUGGCACGAUCUCCUGGUAACAGGAAUAGUCACUCUCGGUGGACUUUCCAGUGCUUUAUUCGACAAGCACACUUACGUCACUGUCGGGUCGAAACACGAUAAGAGAGACGGAAUCGAGGGGAACAGUGUGGAUUAUGGUGAGCAUAGACUGACAACCGCCAUCCUAUUGCAUAGUGUGAUGUCCGGUGAACCAUUCAAAGGCUGUCUAGGCGAGGUGCGCAUCGGCAGCAUACUGCUACAUUACUUUACGAAUGAAGAAGUGUAUCAAAAUGCGAACUUUACGCCGUUGGAGUUUCUGACGUUGCAGAGCAACGACAAUGCCACUCACCUCGACAAGUAUCGGCUGUCUGUUGUGUUUCGAUACGGACUGCACAAACGAUGGCUACUGCUUUGA